AGAUGGCUGCAGUGCGUGUGCUGAGGUCCUGGAGCCAGAAUGCUGGGCGGCUGCGUUUUUCCUUCUGGGAUCCCUCUUCCCUAACGUCUUACAGUGGUCGACCCCUGAUCUUACAAAUCUGUCAAGAGCCUCCUGUGUACCAGAUUUGUGUUCGCUACUUUCAAACAUGUAUGAAUGUUCAUGUUUUGAAGCCAAAAUAUGUGUGUUUCUUUGGUUAUCCUUCAUUCAAGUAUAGUCAUCCACAUCAGUUGCUGAAAACAACUGCUGCUCUGCAGGGACAGAUUGUUCAAUUCAAACUCUCAGACAUCGGAGAAGGGAUUAGAGAAGUAACUAUUAAAGAAUGGUAUGUAAAAGAAGGAGAUACAGUGUCUCAGUUUGAUAGCAUCUGUGAAGUUCAAAGUGAUAAAGCUUCUGUUACUAUCACUAGUCGUUAUGAUGGAGUCAUUAAAAAACUGUAUUAUAAUCUAGACGAUAUUGCCUAUGUGGGAAAGCCAUUAGUAGACAUAGAAACGGAAGCUUUAAAAGAUUCAGAAGAAGAUGUGGUUGAAACUCCUGCUGUGUCGCAUGAUGAACACACACACCAAGAGAUAAAGGGCCAAAAAACACUGGCAACUCCUGCAGUUCGCCGCCUAGCAAUGGAAAACAAUAAAGAGGUUGCUGAUGAUGACUUCACUGUGUCUGAAUUUGCUGGAAUGUAUAACUGA